AUGUGCGUUGAGGACGACCUUGCCACCGAGUUCUUCGCCGAUUCUCAGGGUCGCGACCAGGCGCAGUACACCGCGGAGGUGCUGGACUCGAUCCAUGUCGUUGCCGGCGUAUCCGACGGCGGCGCCCACGUCAAGUUCCUGACCGCCGGAACCUACCCAACCGACAUGCUGACCUGGCUGGUUCGUGACGAGGGCGUCAUCACCCUCGAGGAUGCCCACUUCAAGCUGUCCUACCUGCCAGCCCACUUCGGCGGGUUCCGGGACCGUGGCGCAAUCAAGGAAGGUGUUCCAGCCGACAUCGUAGUCUACGACCUGGACAAGCUGGAAGUGCUGCCCUCCGAAGUGGCCGAGGACCUGCCUGGCGGUGAGUGGCGCCGUAUCCAGAAGGCCAACGGUUACCGCUGGACCAUGGUCAAUGGCGAGAUUACCUUCGAAGAUGGCGAGCCCACCGGAGCCUUCCCGGGUCGUUUGCUCCGUAACGGCAUCGGGUAG